UCCGGUCAGGGUAUAUACAUCGAGCACUGGCGAUCAGCAGGCGUUUAUCCUUUUUUUUAGAAAAAUGGCCGAACCGCCGUCUCAGACACAGAAAGCGGACGAAUGCCACGCUGAGCGCUGUUGUGUCCCUCUUUGUUCAGCUUUGUCCGAGUCCAGCCCGAACCGUUUGACUUGUCACCGCUUCCCUGCGGACGGUGACUACAGGCGGAAAUGGCUCGACUCCAUCGGGAAGGAGGACCUGUCCCCUGAGGAAGGCGCCGGAGUGUGCUGGGCCCAUUUCAGAGACGGUGACUACGAGAACGGAGAGCCGCAAAGGAAACGACUGAAACCGGACGCGGUCCCCGGCCUCUUUCCGUGGAACGGGUACCGCCCGGCUCGGCACGGGGUCGAAGGGCAGGCGGACCGCUGGGUGGUGGACACGGUUGUCCAUGAUCACCGCUACGGACAGGUCUUCAGUAGUCCAUCCCAGUCCAAAAUCCAGAUGGAGCUUCAAGAUCUCAAGGAACAAAAAGAGAAGCUGAGCCAGAUGAUUCUCAAAGAGCGUUACGGUGUCAUGCGAUUUGCAGAUUGUGACGAUGCCAUCCAUUUAUACACAAGGUUUGCUACCUAUGAUCAUCUGAUGGCCUUCUGGCAGCUGAUUGAACCUGCUGCUGCAAAUAUCCGUUAUUUCUCUAAAUAUCGCAAACGGAAGGAACUGGCUCAGCCUGGAAGACUACCACCUUUGUCAAAAGUGGACGAAUUCUUCAUGUUCAUGGCAUAUCUCGUUCUGGGCCUGGAGGAGUUUGACCUGGCUUCGUGUUUCAUGGUUGAGAAGUCCAGUGUGGUCACCAUCCUGACGUCCUGGACUGAUUUCCUGCACCGUAUUUUAGGCUCUGUCCCCAUGUGGCUCUCCAAGGAGAAUGUCAGAGCUCAUCUGCCCAUGGAGUUCAAGCACUACCCCGACACCCAGGUGGUCGUCGAUUUCAUAGAAUUGCAUUGCAGAACCCCGGUCAGCCUCUUCCCCUGCGAGGAGACUAUAUUUUAUGACGAACUGGAAACCGAGUACACCGUCAAGGCGCUGGUGGGAAUGGCACCCCAUGGCUCGGUGACUUUUAUAUCCGCCUUCUUCCCCGGGCGCUUUAGCGAUGAGGAGGUUUUUCAGAAGUCAGGGAUCAUCCCCUUACUUGCCCCGGACAUGUCCAUAAUGGUGGACAAGGGCCUCAGAGUGAAAACUCUUGUCCCUUGUAAGGUCCACCGGCUGCCCUUCAUAUCAAAGGAGAAAGAGUCGGUGGUUUACAUGAUGAAGCGGUCCACAGCGCGGUUGAGAGCGUACAUCGAUGUGAUGUUCCAGAGGGUGAGGACGUUUGCCCUAUUUAACCAGGUCAUCCCACUGUCCACCGCCCAAAACUUAAACCAGUUGUUCACAGUGGCAUGCAUGAUGGUAAACUACCAAACUGAACCCGCUAAGAAAGCAUCGGCUGAAGCAGAGUGGUAAAAAAACCAAAAUCCGUCAGGUGGACCGGACCUCUGUAUAUUUAUGAAGACACUUCAAAGGUUUACUAAACAGCAAAUUCAGCUCUGCAGCUAUCUUUGAUGAUUGUCGUGGAUGUUUUGAAAUAAACGC